AUGCAAAGGGAUUUGACUUAUAAUGCGCCGAAAAUAAAGUUUACAGAUACUGACGGACAGGAAGAGCAUUUCUAUUUCGAUCGUAGUAACAAUUCAACCAAUGAUUUGACCAGUCAUGAUUCUUCAUCAACCAAUCUACAGGAUACCAAUUCAAGAAGAAAACAACCCCCACCGCCGCCGCCACAGAAUCCAUUUUCUGACAAUUCUAAUGCAAAUAGUACUGAAUCAUUUUAUCAAUCAGAAACAAGAUUUCAUCAGCCACUACUUCACAAUAAUGGUGACAAUAGCAAUAGCAGUGUAGGAAUUAACUAUACCAACAACUCCAACAACAAACAGCAUAUUCUGUCACAACAACACAAUGAAUCGCUGUCAAUAUAUUCGGCAUCACCAAUGUCAUCUUCACCUUUAGUUUCUAAUUUCCAAUCAUAUUUAGACAACCAAGACAACGAUAUGACUCGAGGUAAAUACAACCAAAGUACAACUCGGUCAAGUUCAAACUUUAUUCAACAACAACAACAACAACAACAACAAAGUCCAACAUCAGCUGGAUACAAUAGAUAUCCUCUUAAAACCCAAUCAAGUAUUGGUGGAUCAAUGCUGAGAAUUGGAUUAUCAUCAUCAUCACACAUGCUAGAUAACAAUUCAUCUAAUCGAUCACUGUAUUCACCUGAUUCAGCCACAGAUUUAAUGAUUUAUGAAAAUGGAGAAUUUAGUCCAUUUGGAGGAUACCCUGCUAGUUUAUUCCCAUUAAGUAUUGAUGAAAAAGAAUCUGAUGAUUAUUUACAUAAUCCUGAUCCAGUACAAGAUGCUGAAUAUGAUAAAAAUCGGUUUUUAUAUGAUUUAAAAACUAUGGAUAAAAAAUCCUUGAGUGGAUUAAUUGCAUUUAUUCUGAUGUUUCUUAUAGCUAUUGCCAUAUUUAUAAUUUUACCAGUAUUUACAUAUACGGGAUAUAAUCCCAAAGCCAAGAAUUAUGAAAAUUAUGAAGUAUUAACUCAAUAUCUGUAUCCAAUGUUGAGUGCUAUACGAACUUCGUUAAUUGAUCCUGAUACACCUGAAGAAGCCAUGGUUUGGAAAUCUAAAAAUGGUGAAGAAUGGCCAUUAGUUUUCAGUGAUGAAUUUAAUGCUGAGGGGAGAACUUUUUAUGAAGGUGAUGAUCAAUUUUUCACUGCUCCAGAUUUACAUUAUGAUGCUACUAAAGAUUUAGAAUGGUAUGAUCCUGAUGCAGUCACUACAUCAAAUGGUACAUUGAAUUUACGUAUGGAUGCUUUUAAAAGUCAUGGAUUAUUUUAUCGUUCAGGUAUGAUUCAAAGUUGGAAUCAAAUGUGUUUUACUCAGGGGAAAUUGGAAUUUCUGGCAAAAUUACCUGGAUAUGGUAAUAUCACCGGGUUAUGGCCUGGAUUAUGGUCAAUGGGGAAUUUGGGUCGUCCUGGUUAUCUUGCAUCUACUGAAGGAGUAUGGCCGUAUACAUAUGAUUCAUGUGAUGCUGGUAUUACACCUAAUCAAUCGUCUCCAGAUGGUAUUUCUUAUUUACCGGGUCAAAGAUUAAAUAAAUGUACAUGUCCUGGCGAAGCUCAUCCUAAUCGAGGCAUUGGUAGAGGAGCCCCUGAAAUUGAUGCAUUGGAAGGUGAAAUUCAUGGUGUUAUUGGUAGAGUUUCUCAAUCAUUACAAGUUGCUCCUUAUGAUAUUUGGUAUAUGCCCAAUUAUGAUUUUCUUGAAAUUCAUAAUAGCUCAGUAACAUUAAUGAAUACUUAUACUGGUGGUCCAUUCCAACAAGCCAUUUCUGGAGUGACGAUGUUGAAUGUAACAUGGUAUGAAUUUGGAGAUAAUCAACAUAAUUUCCAAAAAUAUGGUUAUGAAUAUUUAAAUGAUAAUGAAUCAGGAUAUUUACGAUGGUUUGUUGGUGAUAAUCCGACAUUUACCAUGUAUUCUCAAGCAUUACACCCCAAUGGUAAUGUUGGUUGGAGAAGAUUACCUAAAGAACCUUUAAGUUUGAUUUUAAAUUUGGGUAUUUCGAAUAAUUGGGCUUAUAUCGAUUGGCCAAGUUUAGUUUUCCCAUCAACAAUGAGAGUGGAUUAUGUAAGGAUUUAUCAACCUAAAGAUCAAAUCAAUAUUGGAUGUGAUCCUUCAGAUUAUCCAACUUCAGAUUAUAUUCAACAACAUUUAAAUGUUUAUCAAAAUGUUAAUUUGACAACAUUUCAAGAUGGUGGAUACAGCUUUCCUAAACAUAAAUUGAUUGGCUGUUAA